AUGCGGGCCGGAGGAGGAGCAGCUGCCGCCGGCGGCUGCCCUGUCCUGGGCCCGGCCGCCCUGCUGCUGGCCGCCCUGCUGGGGGCCCCCCCGGCGGGCGCGGCGGCCCACCAGUACCACGGCGAGAAGGGCAUCUCCGUGCCGGACCACGGCUUCUGCCAGCCCAUCUCCAUCCCGCUCUGCACGGAUAUCGCCUACAACCAGACCAUCCUGCCCAACCUGCUGGGCCACACCAACCAGGAGGACGCGGGGCUGGAGGUGCACCAGUUCUACCCGCUGGUCAAGGUGCAGUGCUCGGCCGAGCUCAAGUUCUUCCUCUGCUCCAUGUACGCGCCUGUGUGCACCGUGCUGGAGCAGGCCAUCCCGCCCUGCCGCUCCCUCUGUGAGCGGGCCCGCCAGGGCUGCGAGGCCCUCAUGAACAAGUUCGGCUUCCAAUGGCCGGAGCGGCUCCGCUGCGAGAACUUUCCCGUCCACGGCGCGGGCGAGAUCUGCGUGGGGCAGAACACAUCGGACGCCCCACCGGGGCCUGGAGGGGCCGCGGGCCGGGGGGCCACCGCCCACCCCACGGCCGGCUACCUCCCUGACUUCCUCACCCCGCCGCAGCCUGCCUCCGGCUUCUCCUUCUCCUGCCCCCGGCAGCUCAAGGUGCCCCCUUACUUGGGCUACCGGUUCCUGGGGGAACGGGACUGCGGAGCCCCCUGUGAGCUGUCGCGGCCCAAUGGGCUCAUGUACUUCAAGGAGGCAGAGGUGCGAUUCGCCCGGCUGUGGGUGGGUGUCUGGUCUGUGCUCUGCUGCGCCUCCACCCUCUUCACUGUGCUCACCUACCUGGUGGACAUGCGCCGCUUCAGCUACCCUGAGCGGCCCAUCAUCUUCCUUUCGGGCUGCUACUUCAUGGUGGCGGUGGCCUACGCAGCGGGAUUCUUGCUGGAGGAGCGGGUGGUGUGCCUGGAGCGCUUCUCCGAGGACGGCUACCGCACCGUGGCCCAAGGCACCAAGAAAGAAGGCUGCACUAUUCUCUUCAUGAUCCUCUACUUCUUCGGCAUGGCUAGCUCCAUCUGGUGGGUCAUCCUGUCCCUCACCUGGUUCCUGGCUGCUGGCAUGAAGUGGGGCCAUGAGGCCAUCGAGGCCAACUCCCAGUACUUCCACCUGGCUGCCUGGGCUGUGCCCGCUGUCAAAACCAUCACCAUAUUGGCCAUGGGGCAGGUGGACGGGGAUGUGCUCAGUGGGGUGUGUUACGUAGGUAUCUACAGUGUGGACUCGCUGCGAGGCUUCGUGCUGGCACCCUUGUUUGUGUACCUGUUCAUUGGCACUUCCUUCUUGCUUGCCGGCUUCGUGUCCCUGUUUCGCAUCCGCACCAUCAUGAAGCACGAUGGCACCAAGACGGAGAAACUGGAGAAGCUUAUGGUGCGCAUUGGGGUCUUCAGCGUCCUCUACACGGUACCUGCCACCAUUGUCCUGGCAUGUUACUUCUAUGAGCAGGCCUUCCGUGGCACAUGGGAGAAGACGUGGCUCCUCCAGACCUGCAAAACCUAUGCUGUGCCAUGCCCCAGCCACUUUGCCCCCAUGAGCCCAGACUUCACAGUCUUCAUGAUCAAGUACCUCAUGACCAUGAUUGUUGGUAUCACAACUGGCUUUUGGAUCUGGUCUGGCAAAACCCUUCAGUCCUGGCGACGCUUCUACCAUAGACUGAGCACUGGCAGCAAAGGCGAGACAGCAGUAUGAGACCCUCCCGCCCUCCCUGGCGCGCACACAUGCACACGCACACACACGGAGGAGAGGGAUACUCAGCAGAAGGGAGGAGGCAACAGCUCAGCUCCCUGAACACAGAGGAAGGGAGGCUUUUCAAAACUUUCCUUCUCCCAGAGGGUUUAAAAAAAAUCUUUGCAUAAGGGACCAGAUGCACCGUGUCCAAUGGUGCUCGUGCCCAACUAAGUGGAAGAGCACAGAGAGGCUGCUGCUGGGGUGGGAGAGUCCUUCACCUGCCAGAAGUCCCCUUUACCUCUCUCUCCCCCAAGGUCCUGUGCAGGAAAGCAAAACCAGCCCAACUAAAACCAUCCUGCCUCACUCCGGAUGAGCAGGAGGGGAAGCCUGAUGUGUCGAGCUGCCCCUGUCGAGAAGUAGCCAAACUCUAAAUUGCUUGGGUCAAACUGCGGCCCGCAGGGCAGCUCCCAAGCCUUAGGUUACUGUCUCCACGUUUGAAGGAGUAACAAUCACGUGAGUACUCUAUAACCAGCUACAGCCCAGAUCAUGUGCCGGUGAGAUGCCUCUGUUCUGUCAACUUACAAGUUCCUCUUUUUUUUUUUUUUUUUUUAACCUCAGUGAUACCUGUUUUAAUAAUUUCAAAGUGAGAAUUCGGCCCUCAGUCUGUUGUUCUUGCUGCUGUGGGGAAGGAGGGGGUUGCUAUUCCACACCCUGAAAAGAAAUGACUUGUUGCUUUUCAGCAGAAGGCUUUUCCCCCUUGCCUUUGUUCUAGGAGACAAAGGGGGAAACAAAAGUGUUUUCUGUGUAGAAAGGCAUAAGCAUGGGAUCGGUUUUUAUGGGCAAACUAACAAAAAGAAGUCGUUGAGGUUCACCCUUGGAUGUGAGGAGCUCACAGAAAUAAACAUUCCUUUUAUGAAAAAGGAGGAGGCAGGAUGUUCUCGUACUGUUCAGUAUGGGUUGCUUUUCUAAGCUGAAGGAAAUGCAAGACUUAGAGGGAAAGGAGCGUAACUGAGAGCACCUGCCAAAACAAGAUCCAUUAAAAUAUGUAACACAAAGAUACUACUUUUUUUUUUCCUUUCCUUCCCAUAAACCUGCUUUCUCUCCUGCUUUGUAGUGAGAUUGCUGCAGGUAAAGUCAACAUACAGCUGGCUUCUGGGGACAGGAAGAAUACUUUUGGCUCAUGAUGGACCAAUUUGCUUGCUCCUCAGAUUCCCUGAACUGCAUUACAAUGACUCAUGGUGCAGGAGGGACUGGGGGGGACUGGGAUUUGGUUUUAAAAGAAAGGAGUUUUUGCAAGGGAGAAGCCCUUUCAUUUUAGCUAAAAUACAGCUGUUUAAGUUUCCAGUGGUCACAUCUUGGAAGGAAGGACACUGAGAAAUUAAUCAUUAAAUCCAUCGGUUUUGUUUUGAAAUGUGACAGAUUUUUCUAUUAAAUUUUUAUGUUGAUUUUUUUUUUUAUUACAUACUACUCUACCUUUAUAUUCACUGAAGGGUUGUUUUUAUAAAUAUAUAUAUGUGUGUGUGUGUAUUCUUGCCUAAGGACAAAAUAGGAAACUCUGGAUUUUCAGCAAGUCUCCACCGUAUGGCUGCUCUUUUUUUUUUUUUUUUUUUUUGUGGGGGCGGGGUGGGGAGGGGGGAAUUGUCUGGAACUAAAAAAGAGGGGAAAAAAAUGUUCUGUUCAGGGUGAGGGUGCAGACUGCUGGCUGAAGGCAUACCAGUAGUCUGGGUGUGAGCAAUGGGCCCAACAGCCAAAUCCUUCAGUAUAUCUGAUCUCAGACUUGCAGGGCUUGAGAUUUUGUCUUUUAUAAUGUGCAUGUGGAGAGAAAAAAGAAAAAAAAAACACCUGUAAGACAAGUGCAGUAUGUAUAUUUUGUAAAUCUCAUUUUUUUUGUAAGAAAAUAUGUAUUUAUGUUUUUACUUGAUUUUUUUUGAAGGUCUGUAUGAGGCCCUGCUUCAUCCCAUGUACAGAUCACUAAAUAAAUGAUUUUUAAUACAAGGGCUCUGAAAUUCUUUUAGUCUUGGA